UGCAGAAGUUAGAGUGGCUGGAUGAUACAAAAUAAAUACAAGCUUUCGUGGCUGGAAGCAGGAAUAUUUAUACCAAAGUUUCUUCGAGCAGUUGUAUCUGCCCAGGGGUAUUCGAGUGUCUGGGUCGAAUCUGGAUAUAUAGGCCGACUGGCUAUUCAUUUAUCCAGAGAGCAGACGGAGAUUGUCUUUUGCCAGACAGAGUAACGGUGUUUUUUUUUUUUGGCUUGGA